AUGGCAUCAUGCCCAAUCGCUGCACUCAACUUAUGUAGAAAAAAUUGGAUUAUCUGUGGCAAAGUUGUGGCGAAAAGUGAAAUAAAACAAUGGAGUAAUCUGAAUGGAAAUGGUUGCUUUUUCAAUUUCGUGAUUGCUGACAAUACUGGAUGUAUUAAAGCUAUUGCAUUCAAUAUACAAUGUGAAAGAUUUUUUCAAUCGGUAACAUUAAACAAUACUUACUACAUUACCAAUGGCACUGUAAGAGAAACGAAAAAACAGUUUAUGGAGCUCAGCAAUGCCUACGAAAUUCAUCUUUAUAGCAAUGCUCAAAUUACGUUGGCGGAGGAUGUUGUGGUUAAAGAACCUGAAUGCAAAUUUAUAAAGAUCGCUGAUCUAUCAGACACUCCAGCAAACGAACUGAUAAACAUCAUAUGUGUUGUAAAAAACGUUGAAGAUCUGGAAGAAUAUGGAAUCGAUAAAGUAAAUUACAAACGCAAUGUUGUAUUGAUUGACGAUAGCGAAAGCGAGGUUAAAUUAACGCUUUGGAAUGAAAAAGCACAAAGAUUCGAUUGCAAGGAAGGUUGUAUCAUCAUAGCAAAACGAUUGAAAGUAUCUGAUUACAACGGAAAAAAUUUAAUGGCAAUUGAUGUUUCGCAUUUAGAAAUUGAUCCAGAUGCCCCUGAAACAGCUACUCUUAAAGAUUGGUUCUUUAAGCAUGGAACGAAAAUGUCUAAAAAUCGUCUAACGCUGGAGCCUAAGAAAAUCAACUUGCAAACGAUCAAAAAAAUUAACUCAUCUGUCAAUGUUCAUUGCGAUGCAACAUUAAUCGAAAUCAAAGCAUGCAACUUCUAUGUUUCAUGUCCAGAUGGCUGUAAUAAGAAAUUAAUCGAAGAUGAAAGUGGGCUACUCUAUUGCGAUGCUUGCAAAAAGGUAAUGAUGGAAGGUAAUCAAAAGCUUGUUUUAAAAGUAAAAAUAGCUGAUUUCACUGCCUCUAUUGAUCUGACGAUCUAUAGUGAAAUAAUAGAGGCAUUAUUGAAAUGUAAAUGCGAGCAGUUAUCAAUCUUAGAAAUGGAAAAUCGCUUUGAUUUUGAAUCUAAAUUCCACCGAUCUUUGGUAUUGCAUAUGUUUGCGUUUGACAUAAAGAUCAAAAUGGUUACACGGGAUGGCAUUUUAUGUCCAGAAUAUAUAGUAAAUAGAAUGAGUAGAAAAACAAAAUCUCCCUAUCAAACAAUACAUGAAAUAAAUAAUCUUGCAAGAGAAUUAAAUAAUUUAUGA